AUGGCCAAGGUGCUUCUGGUCAUCUUCAUCAUGGUUUAUCCAGGAUCCUGUGCUCUCUGGGUGUCUCAGCCCCCUGAGACUCCUGUGCAGAAGGACACUACUGCCUCCCUGCCCUGCCCCUUCAAUGCCAUCCGAGGAAAACCGGCCACUGGCUCUGUCACAUGGUACCAAGACAAAGUGACCCUGGGGAUGGAGUUGAGCAACGUGACUCCGGGGUUCGGAGGCCGCUUGGUCUCCUUUUCUGUUUCUCAGUUCAUUAGGGACCACAAGGCAGGGCUGCUCAUACAGGACACCCAAAGCUAUGAUGCUGGAAUCUAUGUGUGCAGGGUGGAGGUGCUAGGCCUGGGCGUCAGAACGGGAGAUGGGACUUGGCUGCUGGUGGAGAAAGGGCCUCCUCAGCAAGCCUCCAACACAGAGCAAGAGGCUCACACAAGUAUCCUCCUCCGGGCUGGAUUCUAUGCCCUCAGCUUUCUCUCUGUGGCCACGGGCAGUACCAUCUAUUACCAGGGCAAAUGUCCCUGUCACAUGGAAAACAUGGCCACUCCUCCGGCAGCCUCUGAGAAGUGA